AUCCUGAUAAUCCAGGGUGAGGGAACACAAAACACAAGAACACAUGCAGCAGGAGAGUGCUUCCCAAGUUGAAAGGAAUACUACAGAUAUUGUUAUAGAGAACAGCCAUGGCACUCACCUUAUUGGUAGCUGGAGCCUAUGCAGGUUACAUAGCCAAGCAGCAAGCCGAAAUGGCAAAGUACGACGAGUCUAUCCAGGUGGAAGGAAAGACCAAGGUCAGCUUGCUUCGUGGUGAAAAAGCACAAAUUCUAGAAAUCCCCUUGACAUGCAUCAAUUGGUUUGAGGGCGACUACCGACAGGUCGUCCCUCAUCUUCGAAAGCGAGUCGAUGAAAUCCUUCAAAAGAAUCCAUUUCUGGCCGGAUGGCUACUAUUGGAUAAGGAUGACAGCUUUGCGCUCUCGUUGCUUUACGACGCAACCGGUCAAGAUCUCAACAACAAGGACAAAAUAUUCCAGGUCUAUGACAAUAAUCAUCCGCAACCUGAUGGUGACGAUGCUGAGGAAACGAAAGACGAUCAGCAGAAGGUUUCCUUGACUCCCAAUACAUCUUACGCCGAGUGUACGAAACAACUGCGUCAAGCGGGUGCCAUGCUGCCAUUGCAACAUGAGCUCAUUGGCAAGAAUUCCCCCAUAUUUCGAGUGUCCAUCAUUCCUGAUGCUGAGGAACCCACAGCUCGUUUCGCGUUGGUUGUUUCCAAGACUCAUGCUCUGGGUGACAGUCAUACUUUUUAUAAACUCAUUGGCAUGCUCGACAUUGAAAAAGGCUUUGCCCAACAGCUUAUGGUCGAACGAGAGCAAUCCAUCCAUCAAAUGGCACGUGAUAAAAUGGGAGACGACGCCUUGAACUACCUCUCCACAGCCUUCAAAAAGCCACCCGUUGAUUUGACGGAAACAAGAAAUGAGCCUACCGUCAUGAAAGUCUUUCAUGUCAAGGAAUCGUGGUUCCCACACAAACACAAGGGGGCACGACGUGCCAGCAUGUUUGCCGAAGUCGCUCAAGAUUACACCCAGCGCAACUCUACCAUAUCCGAAAAUUCCAUUAUGGCUUCGUGGUUCUUUCGAUUGACGCAGGCGGACAUUGCCUUUAUGGGAUUGUCGUUAAGAGACCGUCUCGACGGUUGUCUGGUGGGUGACUUUCAUGCUGGCAACUAUGUCGCAGGAAUUCCCUAUACUCCAGCCGACUACGCAACGCCCGAGUUGGUGGAACAAUCAGUGGCGCGGCUGAAACGAUGUGGGGAUGAUGAACCCCUUCCUCCCUUUCGGUGGAACAACAGUGCUUCCAUUGCGCUCAACUGGGCUCAUCGAUUUCAAAACAAGCUUCAACUGCUGCCUAGUGGCGAGGGAGAUUGCAAUCACAUUAGUCAUCUGAUCCUGUUUGAUGCGGAAAUCAUUCAAAAUGUACCAGGACGAUUGAGUCUGUGCUACAUGUUUACAUCGGUUCCAUCGGAAGCAAAAGUGGGAAGCUCAGAGGGUGGAAUUGAGGUUGUCCUCCCAGGAAACGAUGCCUUGUCCAUGGCCGACCUUGCGGCCCAACUUGCUGCCGAACUGGAAGAUGGCGACGGCGAUGAAGAUGCGCAGGAUGAAGCUGUCAAGAAGCACUUGCAUGGAAAGCGUGCGGGUCUCUUGGUAGUCUGCCGACAAUCUGUUUGGGACGAGAUUGAAAAGUCGGGCAUUGUAGACGAGAUGAUUGUGGAAUAG